UAAAAACGAGUGGGUAAAUUCAGGAAGAUUCUCACUGUUUGAUGACACCAAAUCAGCAGAGUUCAGGGUGAUGAUCAGAGAGCUCACUGUACAGGACACUGGGACGUACCACUGUGGAGUUGAUAGACCUGCACAGUUCGACAUUUAUACAGCUGUGGAACUGAAGGUAAAGGAAGAUCUGUCCUAUGAGAAGUCCAUCAGUGAGACUGUUCAUAUAGGAGGAGAUUUGAACAUCAGGUGUAAAUACCCAGAAUCCCUCAGGAGUGACCCCAAGUUUCUCUGCAAGAAGACGCUGCAACAAGCUGCUUGUUUUAAUAAAGGAUCUGUUAAAGAAAGUAGAAAGUAUGUAAAUGAGGGGAAAUUCUCCCUGUAUGAUGACAGAGCAAAACAAAUCUUCACUGUCGGUAUUAGAAAUGUGACUGAGCAGGACUCUGGUGAAUACUGGUGUGGAGCUGAAGGAGCCGGGACAUCUGAUCAUGGAUACAAGGUUUAUUUCACACAGAUCAACCUGAGAGCUACUGAUCCAUCUGUCCUAGUUUCAGUUCCAAUACCAGCACAACCUUCUUCAUCAUCAUCAUCAUCAUCAUCAUCAUCUGAGCUCACAUCAGCUUCUCCUCCGACAGGAUUUCCAGCUUCCACUGUGAUCCCUGUGUCUGUAAUUCUGCUGCUGUUUCUGUUUGGAAUCAUAUUCCUCAUUGCGAUUCUGUCAAAGAGACACAGGAUGCAAGGAACAGCUUCCAUUGAUCGAUGUUCUGUCCAAGGCUCACGAAAUGACCAACAGGUUUAUGAGAAUGUUAACGACACCAGACACCUUUCUGCCUCAGAUGCUGGAACUUCCAGAUAUUUCUCGAGUGUUAAACUACCCACGAUCUCCUCUGAUCCUUCUGAAAGUGUUUAUGCCAACGUAAUGUAGUUAAGAAGUUUAUUCUACUCCUCAACUACCCAUAAUCCCUCCUGAUCAUGACGUCUACUCUCCAGCUCAGUCACCCAUUAUUAUUCAUCAUUAUUCCAUCCAUCCUUUCGUCCAGGUCAGUAUUUUGCAUCU